AUGGACGGCGACUGGGAUGAGGUCGCCCGCAUUCCGUUCCCGCCUCCGGGCGUCCAUGCGAUGCCGACACCGGUAACUACGAUGACCUUUGACACCUUCCAAGAACUACUAUGGACUGGAAACGAUUAUGGUCGCGUUACCUCCUUUCUUGGCUCGGAAUUACAACGAUAUACCUCCUUCAAAGCACAUCUUUCGACUGACGGAGCAGUACGGCAAAUAUUGGUCAACGACAAGGGCGUGAUAGUUUUGGGGUCAAAGGAUGUUCACAUGGCACAGAGGAGAGGGCCACCGAUAUGGCACAUCAAGUACGAUUACCUCACAGCCCUAUAUGCGGAACUGCGGUGCAUGAGCUUUACUUCCAAAGGGACGGCCGAGAUCAUUGUUGCAGGAUUGCAAGACACAAUGCUAGUCAUCGACCUUAAUAAGGGCGAGGCCGUGAAGCAGAUUGCAACCGAACACCAGUACUCCAUCAUGAAGCGAGGAAAGUAUAUUUGCGCGGCGACUAAGAAUGGAACGGUGAACCUCCUUGACCCGGUGUCAUUUGCAGUUGUUAAGUCUUGGAAUGCUCACUCUGCGCUGAUCAAUGACAUGGAUGCCCAGCAUGACUUCAUUGUUACAUGUGGAUAUUCGCUUCGACAAGGCCAAACAUACAUGCUCGAUCCAUUCUUGAACGUGUUUGAUAUUAAAAAGAUGUCGUCAAUGCCACCAAUACCUUUUCCUGCCGGGGCGGCGUACGUUCGCAUGCAUCCUAGAAUGUUGACUACCAGUAUUGUGGUCUCACAGUCCGGCCAAAUGCAUGUAGUCGACUUGAUGAACCCCAACACAAGUAACGUGCGACAGGCAAACGUCCUGACCUACCUUAAAUUCGCCAGCCCGGAGGAACACGCUCCUCAAAUAGAAUGGACCCCUGAAACACCGUUAAACUCUGUUGGAUUGCCCUACUAUCGGGACGUGCUGGCCUCGGCCUGGCCGGAUCUUGUAUCAGAUGUUGGCGCCCCUCCAAUAAGGUUUGAUCCUCAGUUUCUCGCGAGCCUCAAGCCGGCCGAAUUUGGCCUGUACGGCCGCAACACGAGAGGCUUCCGAAGGAACCAGGCUGAGGAUACCAGAAACAGCCACAAGUCUGCCAAUUCUGGACUCAAGGCGCCCAAGUUCCUGAGUGAGAAAGCCAGAGAGUCUGCGAAAUCCGAUUCCAGGACGGACGGUAAGGCCGACGAUGUUUCUAGCCCAGUGGGCGAGAACGAGAUUGAAAGUGAGAAAUCAGACGUGCCGGUCAUGUAUCGCAACGUUGAAAUCAAGUACAGCAAGUUCGGAGUAGAUGACUUUGAUUUUGGAUUCUACAAUAAAACUCGUUAUUCAGGCUUGGAAAUUCAUAUUUCAAACUCAUACGCCAACUCACUCCUUCAAAUCAUGCACUUUACCCCCCUCAUCCGAAACUUAGCCCUUCAACAUGCGGCUACGGCCUGUGUGAGCGAAAUCUGCUUGCUGUGUGAACUUGGCUUCCUUUUCGACAUGCUACAAAAAGCGGACGGCUCAAUCUGCCAGGCAACAAACCUGCUGAGAACACUUAGUAGCCACCCACAAGCCGGACCGCUUGGCCUCCUCGAAGAGGACCCCCACGGCUCGUCUCUAAACGUUAUGCUGCAAGGGCUUACUAGAUUUCUCUUGGAUAAGAUUGUUUCUGACUACAAGAGUAUGUCACCAACAUCAUCUGCGAUGGAACAGGCCCUGACAACCCGCAGGUUCUUGCAACCUCAGCAACAAGCUCUAUUCGAUAAACCUCCUGGACGAAACGCCAAAAUGCCCAGAGUCACUUUUUCUCAGGUUCUUAAGAGUAGCGUUGAGAGAGAGACUACCUCUAAGGGUUGGUGUCGCCUAUGUUCACGUUAUCAAACCAUCGCCACCAAAAAGACAAUUCACAACAUCCCGGCAGUCUUAAUGUUGAAUACUGCAAUUACGAAGCACGAUCAUCGCAUGCUGUGGUCUACUCCCGGCUGGCUUCCUGAGGAGAUUGGAAUCAUUGUUGAACAGGGCCAGUUCUUCUGUUACGAGGGAGAAGACCUGAAACUUCACUUGCAGCGAGGAAUCCAUAAUAUCACAGUAUAUUCACUAAUAGGAAUGGCGACAAACAUUGAGGGUGGCAUUGAGGGUGGCAUUGAGGUUGCACACGCUGAACAAGAAGCUCCGGGACAAAGUCAAUGGCACUUGUUCAACGACUUCUUAGUUAGGUCUGUCAGCACAGAUGAAGCGCUUACAUUCAACACGUCAUGGAAAGUCCCCAGUGUUGUAUCGUUCCAGAUCAAAGAAGCGAAUAACAAAAUUGAUUCUACUUGGAAAGAUCAACUGGAUACCUCGAUUCUGUAUCACGAUUUGUAUCCAAAUCCAAACUCUGAAACCAAAACAUAUCACAUCCUGGAUCCGAAGACGGAGCGCCCUGGCCCGGAUACAAUAAUAGCUCUAGACACGGAAUUUGUCGCCAUUCGACAACCCGAGAUUGAAAUGAACUCGGACGGCGAACGAGAGACGAUUCGUCCGAUUGUCUAUGCCCUGGCUAGAACAUCUGUUGUCCGCGGGCAGGGCGAGAACGAGGGGCUGCCCUUCAUCGACGACUACAUUUCAAUACAAGAGCCCAUUGUGGAUUAUCUGACCUCAUACUCUGGCAUAACCCGAGAAGAUCUGGACCCAAGGAUUUCCAAACACAGCCUGCUUCCACUGAAGAUGGUUUACAAGAAACUCUGGGUUCUGCUCAACCUCGGCUGCAAAUUCCUCGGCCACGGCCUCAAACAAGAUUUCCGCGUCAUAAACAUCCACGUUCCCAAGUCUCAAGUCAUCGACACAAUCGAUCUGUUCUUCCUAAAGUCGAGACUUCGAAAGCUCUCGUUGGCAUUUCUAGCGUGGUACCUCUUAAAGGAGGACAUUCAAAUGGAAACACACGACUCGAUUGAAGACUCCCGAACGGCACUCAAGUUAUAUCGGAAAUAUCUAGAGUUUGAAGACGCUGGGAUUCUGGAAACCAUGCUGCAAGAUAUUUAUCGCGCCGGAAGAGACGUCAACUUUAAGCCUCCGCGGAAGGAUGACCUGGGUGUUCAGAGGACGGAUACUCCGCCGUUGCCGGUAGACGCGUCCACGCCGGGACCGUCCACGCCCGUGAGGAAGAUUAUCGGCAUGGCGCCUGGGUCUGGCUUUGGCGGGGGCUCGAGUUGGACGCCGGGGAAGGGAUCGCCGCUACGAUAG